UUUCUCCCACAUCCUCUUCUUUUUUUGCCAAUUUUGUGGAUAGAACUGAAAGUUGCAGAUAAACUGCCACGGAAGCGCGAAAAAGAACCGCCACCGCCGGAGUAGAUAGAUGGUGGCCUCGUUUUCACCGUCGCCCGUCACCGGAAAACUGCCCCUUUUCUCUUCUCCAGCUUCCUCAGCCGUCUCCGGUCUCUAUCUCCCUAGUACCAAGUGGGGCUUCGGGGUCGAGCCUGAUGUCAGCUCUGGAGUUAGUCGAACAAAGGGUCGAGCUUUUCGAAUCUCUGCAACUGCCAAUGCAUCAGGAAGUUUGAAAAAAGUGGUGAUCAUGGUUGAUCCAGCCGAAGCAAAGCGAUUAGCUGCAAAGCAAAUGGUAGAAAUUCGAAGGAAAGAGAGACUCAAGAGAACGCGUGAAAUCGAGGCAAUCAAUGGAGCAUGGGCGAUGAUAGGUCUCACAGCAGGUUUGCUCAUUGAAGGUUACUCUGGAAAGACCAUGAUAGAACAGUUGGCUGGAUACCUGUAUGCCAUCUUCCAUAUUUUCAUACGAUAGUUGUCGAAGUACUUGUUCGCUAUCUCUGCCUGCGAAAUUCUGCCACUUCAUUACACACCUGGAAACUGUAUAAUCUUUUCCCCCAGUGUUUACUAGCAUUGUACCAUUCAUAACUGGCAAAUUUAACAUUUCCUCAGAACUUGGUGGGGGAUCAUGUUUCCUUUUUCUGAUACCUUGCUUGUGGUGAGUUAUGAAUGGUCCCAGAAGUGAACUUUUCAACACCUCAAAAGCUAGCUGUCUAAUGCCAUAAAGGAAAAAACAACAUAAAAGGGAAGGUAAAUAAGGUUGGCAAGUUGCUGUUUUGAGAAUCAUGAUGGAACCAGGGUAGAAGAUUUUUUGCAGGGUGAAAUGUCUAAAUGGUCACUGGACUAGGGAUUUGUAACAAAAUAUUAACAUGCUCCUUGAUUUGUAACAAAAUGGUCAUUCCGUUUUAAGUUUUUCGAACUCUGUUGUUAAUGAGGUGAGUGAGCCUGCCAACUAGACUUAUCACGUAGUCUGGCAGACGUUAUCAUCAACUUAAAACCACCAAACCAUCUGACAUUCACACCCGUCCCCAGAUUCGACGCCAACCAAACAUGAAUUGGAGUCUGGAGAAGGUGCCUGCAAGUCAGCGGCAAACAAGUGAAAGGGAAGGGGUAGAAAAAGCUGUGAAUGCUGCAGAAAAAAGGUAACACGGUUUACUACCCAAGUUGGCCGGCAAAUAUUGCUGGCAUGCAUGGCUGGCUGUCCUCCUGGUUCUAGGGUUUGGUUUGGUUUGUGGAUAAUAAUUAGUCUCGUGACAAUAUUUGUGUUAGGUUGACAGGUUGGACUUGGACACAGUUAUUAAGAUCCAAAGUCCAGACCUUUCUUUCUUUCUUUUGCC